GACCGGUAUGCGAACUCUUUAGCUGCUCGAACAAAUUCCAACUACGACAAGUAUGCCUGAUGUAUUUAUCUAUCAAUACAUACGGAUACGAUAUGCACAUAUGAAUUUGCAUUGUUUCCAGUUUUGCUCUCUCUGCAGCCAUUCUGCUCCAUUGUUGUAAAGCGGAAUAUUGCUGGCCAACUACCUUUACAGUUCACUUUACCAGGCAUCAUAUGCAGAGCGACCACUGACUUGGUUCUGGAGCCGUAUAAUGCGGACAUGGAUGAAUAAACUAGCGGAGAUGGGUCACUAACUACGAGUGGAUAUCUCAAUAACGAGCGCUUGUUGAUAAUUACUCUAUUUGAAAUCGCAUAUUCGAUGGACUUCAUGGAAUUGACGAAGGAUCCCCAGUUCGUGCCGUUGCACGAAGAGGAACUGGAAUUUUUCGUUGACCUGGCUGUGAAUGAGUCGCAGCGGUGGAUUGAGGCCGUGACAAGAAAUAAAUUUCGGUCUCCUGACUUCCUGGAAUCCUUAGAGGAUGGUGCUCUUCUGUGCGAGUUGUUGGAGACGAUUUGGCCGUGUUAUCUUCGGCUGGACGACGGAAGUGACGUCUUAUACACCAGAUUAUAUGGGCAGUACAACCUCGAGGCCUUUCGAGCGGCUGCAGAAAAGAUUGGAAUUGAUCGCGACUCAAUUUUUUUGCCUAUACAUAUCCACGCACCGGAACGAUACAUCUGCUCCGCUGAUGCGCAAGAUGCCAUUCAAGAAGCACUAAUCAGAGUAACCGUAACCAUUUACCUUCUCGGCUGGCGUGCUAAAGAGACACCCACCUAUACCGGACCACAACUUGAUCUCUCGGCCUUUACACAGCUCUAUCAGCAUUAUUUAUAUCGACUGCACAACAACGCGGACACUUUAUGCAAUCAGGUUAAUAAAACCUUUGAGGAAACCACAGCGGCACAUACGGAUGAAAAUAGAGCACCGGCACAUGAUGAGCGGUCGCUUGGUAGUCAAGGAGUAAGCGAGGAUAUGCCGGGACAGUCGACGCUUGAUCGUCGCAAUGAGAUGGAUGAUCCGCUGCAUUUGGAUUCAACGAAAAAUAUGCAUGACACGGAAUUAUAUCGGAGAUAUUACGCUGAUAGUGUAGGAUCGUGUGAUAGUGCGUGUGGCUCAUCCUCGCCGUCCAUGGCCGAACCGAUUCGAGGACUUCGGGAUAUGAACCAGAAUUCUGAUGAGCUCCUGACCGGUGGUGCUACACGCUUGCCCAAGCAGCAUUCAGCGCCGUGUUGUAUCAAUGAUCCAUUACAGUUCGUCAAGAUAAAGCAUCCCAGUGGACACACAGCGGUCUCUGUCAUUGACAGCUACAUGGAAGUGGAUAAAAUGAAGCAACGAUUAAAGGAAGACGAAGCCGAAUGGCAGCUGAAUCUGGACAGCUGGAAAAGUAAGCGGAAGAGCAAUCUGCUUAGCCAUGAUAGUGAUGACAAUAGUGAACCAAAGGAGAACAACAAGCGCGAUGUGAAGACGUUCCCCGAGAUGAUUGAGCGCCUGAAACGGCAGGGUGGGAUCCUGGCUAGUUACUUGGAUGAUUCGAUCAAUGAAGAUUUAUCCGUUUCGCUUCACGACAAGCAAAAUAUGCCGCCAUCCGAUGAGCAGUUCACAUCGCAUAUCAGCGAUAACAGUGAAAAAGACUCCUCUUCCGGCAUCAGUUCACCUCGGUCUUCGCGAUCGCUGACCAGCACGUCCCCUCCGCCAUCGUUGGCCGUUAAACAACUGGUGUCCAGCUUAAACGCCGCCAGUGCAUAUCAAUCUUCUAGCCCAGCCAAACUAUCUGCUCAGCCGGAAACUGUUACGGAAUUAACCUCGAAACGGGUAGUUUAUCUUAAACCUGUUGACGCCGCCAACAGUCAAGCGCCCGGAAUAGGUUUGAAGAGCAUAAAUAAUGUUAUGGAUCAAGAUAAAUCGUCACAGCUGGAUAAUUCACCAAAAAACCCAAAUAUCGAAACGACAUAUAAACCAUUUGGUGAGAAACUGGCCAUGUUUCGCAGUGCGCAGGUUGAAGACACUCCACUGCAAAUUGAUCCCGAAAAAUGCAGUUAUAAAGAACUGGUCAAGCCGGAGCUAUCGUUGAAAGACAAGUUGUCAGUGUUUGAACGACCACUUGAUGGUCAGGCUGCCAGUACAAGAAUAGGUGCACAGCCACAAGCUGUCAAAGUGAAAACCAUGCGCAAUGUCUUCGAGACGGCAUCCGCUGUGCCACCGACCAUUGUAACCACGAGCGUUCCAUCACCACCGCCAAAACCCAUACCGUCAAGUGGCGGCGGCAGUGGCGGUUUGAGCCGCUUACUGUCCAAAGAUCUUCAGAAUAUUCAGCACCCGUCAAGCGUAUCUAGUGUACCGCCGCCGCCGGAAUUCGAUACCAGUUUACCGGAACAGUAUCUGCAGGAGAUCGAUGGAAUUCUGGGGCGAAAUGGAACUAGUGUUGUGAAGUCGCCGGAGAAUAUUGUGGAUGAUGGUGAAUUUCCGCCACCUCCGCUGCCGGCCAUCUCUCCGUCGUUGCCGGACCCGUCGAAUCCCGCGAAAGAGCAUGAGGGAGAAUUGGAAUUUCCUUCUCCACCACCACCUUUGGAACAGGAAACGGAACCUAAAACCAUCGACGGCAAUUCGGUUUCUGAGGAAGUUCCACUGCGCCGUAUGGAUUCUACUAGACGGAUCAAAAGCGAGAUUUCGAAACGUCGGUCCGACUUUUUUGGAAUCAAGAGCGACGCGAACGGCAUCGAUGUAUUUGAAACUGAAAAUGUCCGACCUAAGAGCGUACAUGAAAUGUUCCAAUCAAAGCCAGCGCCACCAGAUGAAAAUAUCUCUAAAACGGUCAAAUUUGUUUCUUCAAAUGUGACAUCUGAACCGAGUAGUCCUGGCCGCUGCAUUGAUACUGAAAGUACGCCGGUUUCUAUACCAAGCAACGAAGCUUUGAUUUCAAAAUCGUUAGCGAGUACCACCAAGAAAUCCAAAAAGAAGAAUAUGAAAGUCUGGUUAGAAAGGAACCAGUUGGUCAUGCAAACAACAUUAUCCACGGAAAAUAGUUUAAAAGAGCACAAUAUACCAAUAGAGUUGAUUCCUGAAACGCUUGUGCCCUCUGGAGCAAAACUCUCCGAUAAGGUCAUCAUACUUGAUAAAGUGGAAAAGGUGACGGAGGAAACGCGAAUUACAGGAAGUUUCGAGACUACCUCACGAGAAGAAAUGCGCUCUCUGGAUUACAUGACAGUUAGUGGUCGUGCACCGGUUCAGGCGGUUAUCCCCACACCGAUUCAUCAUCCCGAACCAGUUUUGAACGGUAUUAUCCCACUUCAUCAUUAUCGUGAUUACAGCGAUGGAGGUUAUUCAAGUGGACGGAGCGAUCCUGGUAAUGCGGUCAAACUGUCGAAGCCGAACGCUCCUUUGCGCAGUUACGCAGAGGUUGAAUCUAUCAGCCCGAGAAGUUCGGAAUUUCAUCCACCUCGACCGCCCCUCCCAUCCGAAUUCAAACCACCGCCGUUCGCUGGAUAUUUCGAAGAAAAUGUUCCGGCUGCGGGCUAUACACCACAGUACAUCCCGAAGGCUCCGUCCGUUUCACCGCCCGCCCGAAUGCAGCCAAAAGCUGAGGCUGUUCAACGGAGACCGGCUGUCAAUGGAAAUGUGCAGCAACACUGGGUUGUGCAGGAAGCCGAAAUGCGGAGGAUAUCAGAACAGGAGGCCAGGAUGCGACAGGCCGUCAAUCCGCAGCCGGUGCCGAUGCAGAUCCAUAGACCGCCUCCCGCGGCUCCGGUUACCCACAUCGAUGCCGCGCAUCCGAGAGUUCCCUUGCGAGAAGUGCCGACAAAUUAUCAGCGGCGCGUGGUGGAGUUAGGCGCUAAACACGAUGGUUCACAACAACAGUACGUCCAGCAGCUCCCCACGAGGACGUCGACUAUGAUCCCUGUGGCAGUGGAGUCUAAACGAAUGCCGCCCCGAUCUCAUCCUCAACCUAGUGUGGCGAUAGGUAUUAGCGCCACAGUGCCGCCGCGUUAUCCCGAAGUGCAUUAUCCAAAAAAUGGCAGCAUAUCGCCUCAGGCUGCCGGUUUGAUGCACAAGCAGCCAUCGCCAACUAAGCAGCAGUAUAUCAGUCAUCCCUUCUACCCUCCUUCAGUGGCUGGUUCGCAGCUAUCUUUAUCACAACCAAAAGAUAACUAUGUCCCCGGCAGCAGUCGGGAUUAUUCGGCAAAUAUCAACGCUGUCGGUGUUUCAUCAAAACGGCGAUGCGCACAUUGUGGCGAAGCAUUGGGUCGUGGAGCCGCAAUGAUUGUGGAAAAUUUGCAACUUUAUUAUCAUGUAGCCUGCUUUAAAUGCUACGUUUGUGGUCAAAUGCUGGGCAGUGGUCGGGAAGGAACGGAUGUGCGUGUGCGCAACACGAAAUUGCACUGUGCACUGUGCUACAGUGACGAAGAAGGUUUACAGUUGAGUCAGUUAUGAUGUGUUGAUGGCGUCAAUCUCCGAUCCUGAAUGCCGUUUCGUGCACGGUGCCUAGCUAAAUUUUAUUUUUUGUAUCAUAUAUCCAGUUUAAAGUUUUAUGCCAAAAUGGUGAAGCAUGUUGCUGUAGUGUGCAUAAAAUGGGGGCAGUAUCGUGGCCACAGUGGAUGGCUUCUUUUUAAAACUUCGUUCUGCCUAAAAUUUGUUGUGAUCUUUUUCUUGCUGUACUGCGAACAUGCGCUUUUGUAUGAUAAUUUCUUGACAUUUGCUUCUAAAAUUGUACAACAAUGCAAAGUGAAGGAACAAAAAUCAGAAUUG